AGCGGAUCAGGAAUUUAAGUAAACGCAGGGCUGGGUUUGCUCCCAGCAGCUGUCGGAGCGAGGCUAGGCGCUGUGGCGAAUGUGUCGCGAGCCCUUCACGCACACGCGCGCGCACCCCCCUCCCACUACACAUGGCCGUGGUGUGCAGGGUUGUGCAUUCCAGCCCUUUGCUGUAUUUCUGCCUCUGUGUUUUGCUAGUGGGCGCACCCGGGCACGCAAGACAAGACAGGCUUUGGGAGCGCAGAAAAGCAGCUCAGAGUUCAGCUCGGCUGGGCAAUGAACACUACGGGAGAUUGCAGAACCAUCUAGGGGCCGCGAGGGCCCUCUCCAACAGGUAUUGGCAUUUCCUGGCCUGCAGGUUGUGGCAGGAGGACUGUGAGGAAGAGGAGGAGGAGGAAGAGGAAGGAGGAAAGGUCAUCCUGGAACAGCAAGGGUGGAGCUUGCCCAUCGUGAGUGAGAUAGUCUCCAGCUGGUACUGUAGCUUUGGCAGAUGCUGUGCAACAGGAGACUGCAGAGUGAUCAAUAACAUCACAGGGUUGGAGCUGGACCUGAGCAGGAGACUUCAUGGACAACACUUAGCAAAAGAUGUUGUCCUGAAAGCAGUUCAAGGCUUCCUAGAGACACCCCAGCCAGAGAAAGCCCUGGCUCUUUCUUUCCAUGGCUGGUCUGGCACAGGCAAGAACUUUGUGGCCCAGAUAAUAGCAAAACAUCUCUACCGGGAUGGCCUGAAGAGUGACUGUGUCAAAGUCUUCAUCUCGCUAUUUCACUUCCCCCAUUCCAAGUAUGUGGACAUAUACAAGGUUCAGCUAGCAAAGCAGAUCAGCGAGGCAGUGCAACAGUGUGAGCAGUCAUUGUUCAUCUUUGAUGAGGCAGAGAAACUUCAUGGUGGUCUCCUAGACAUCUUAAAACCAUACAUGGAACACUAUGACAACAUUGAUAUGGUGGAUUACCGGCGGUCCAUCUUCUUAUUCCUUAGUAAUACUGGUGGCAACAUCAUCAAUGAGGUAGCCCUCGACUUCUGGCGAGCUGGACGAGCCAGAGAGGAAAUUACCAUGGAGUCCUUCGACCAGUACCUGCGUGCAGAACUGUUGGAGUCUACAGAUGAGGUUUAUGCCCACAAUCGUCUUCUGGAAGAGAACCUCUUAGACUUCCUGGUACCUUUCCUGCCCCUUGAGUACUGCCACGUGAAGCUGUGUGCUCGGGAUGCUUUCCUAGCCCAGGGACUUCAGUUCACUGAAGAGGCACUGGAUGAGGUUGCAAAGAUGAUGGUGUUUGUCCCCAAGGAGGAGAAACUUUUCUCUGCCCAGGGUUGCAAGUCAGUCUUCCAGCGCAUAAACUACUUUCUUCCCUGAUGUGUUUAUUGGGUGGGUGGGGUUGACUGCACACAGGACUGCAGAGCAACCUACUCUCCUUUUUCUUGCACAGCGGUCAAAUGUCUUGUGACAUUUAUUGCACUGCAAUCAGGUAUUAAAUUCCUUACAAUGUUUGGACAAGUGGACUGGAAAAAGAGAUAAAGCCGAAGUCCACUGAAGAACUUGCAUCAAAAAAUGGAGAUAUUGCCAAUAAGCAGACAUUAUGUAGCUGGAAUCUACAUGAAUGGUGCUGCUGAAAAGGCAUUUGGCAUGUGCAAUUUUGGAAGAUCACAAAAUGGUGCUUCUGGGCCAUCCAUAGUGCAGAGUGAGCAUUUAGGCUGUCCUGGGCCAGGCGAAUUGCAACAGCAAGAGGAGUAAAAGACUUCUUCAUUUUGCCUUCAAGACUAGCACUUCAUUGGGCAUUCAUCUGAAAGCAGUCAUGACCUCCUCUGCUCUUUCAAGAGCGUGACUGAGCAAGGAACCAAAAUAUUUGCUUACAAUGCAACAGACGCCUCUCUUUUCUAUAUUGAGAUUAUGAAUCAGGUAGCUUGCCUUAAGCUUGGAGACAUGCUGCUCGUCUCCCCCCCCCCCAGGUACUUAAUAAUCAACUUUUAAAAGAUGUAGGGAUACAACAGCACAUAAUGUGCUGGAAAGCUAUGGUCAACUGCUGCUUCCAAAAGCACACAUACACUGAAGAAUGCACACAUGCAAUUCUUAUUAGUCUGCUGAGGGUUUAAAAUCUGGGGGACCAUAAUGGUGUACUCAACUGCAUGUCUUGGGUGUGCGUAGGAUGGGAGGUAGUGACAAAAGCCAACAUUACGUGACCCAUUGCAAUACAGUUUCAGCCUAGUGCUAAGGUUAAGCAAUAAGCUUACAGUCGAGAGAUAAAGCAAGCACUGUUUGCAUGAGCCAGAGUUUGCUGGUGUUGCAUAACCACAUCUUUAUUAACUAAAAUCUGGCACCAUUAUCCAUUCCCAUUACAGUACAAAACACAGAGUGGCUAAGCUUAGAAUUCUGACACUUACUUUGGCCCAUUUUGGAUGGUCAUAUGUAUCCUACCUCUUAGCCCAACAGAGACUCACUGUCUGCUUAAGGGCUACAAGCACAGGCCUGAAUGAUGCAGGAUGUUAUAUAUGAUGAGUUCACACUUCAAGCCUCCACACAUAGGCCCUGUGCAAACAUUAACCUAUGCGUGAAUGUCCACCAGACCUAGAGGCAGCGGAGGCAUGCUUAGUAGGUGGGGCUGGGGCAAUCUCACUUCCCCACUGCACACAACCCAGAUUAUACCUCUUACUUACGCAGAUCAUAUAUGGCCUGUGGGCUGAAUCUGAUGUCCCCCAUACUAUUUUUAGUGCCCCCCAAGACCCCCAACAAUUUGGUGGCAGCAUUUCUUUUUACAAACUGCUCUGCUGAAUGCUGCAGUGUCCUGUGGUGUGUAGCUUCCUCCUUCUUGAGCACUUUAUGAAACAGCUGGAACCACCCAGAUCUUCCUUUCUGCUGCACUGGGGAAAAAAAACUCUCAUUGCCAUGCAGGGCUGGAAAACUGUUGCAAUGCUCUAGAGCAAGGUGCCCCAAAGCUGCACAACUGAGAGAGACAGAAAGCUCACAGCUAUACUAGCAAAAAUUUAAAUUGAAAUAUGGUUACAACAAGCCCUGGCAAAUAAGAUUGCAGGCUUGCUCAUUUAGCCAUUACUUCACAAUUAUCAGAUAAAUGAAUAGAAAAGGAUUCUCCUGCCCCAGCUCUGGCCAUCACAAGAUGAAACAAUUAGCCAAGCCCUUUCUACCACACUGUUUCUUUCCUCUCAUUUUGAAUGGAAAAAUAGCUUGCCAUUCAUUAGCCUCCUUGCUUUACCAAUAUACCAGUUUAGGGCAGGGCUCUGCCUUAACGAAACAGAAAGGCAGUUUGCCUCCUUUGCAGUCUCCUCUCAUUGCAGUGCAGGGCUGGAAAAUCUGUAUAGCUGGGGUGUCUUGGGGCUGCAACACUGAGAUCGAAAGAAAGCUCAGAGGGGUGACAAGACAGCUCACACUUACCAGUUGCCUGAGCACAAAUGAAGUGCGAGAACUGCCUGCAGUAUGGAGAAGUACAAUGGCUUGACAGCUUGGGAUGUGUCAGAGAGGAUGUUGAGCGAGUUGUCAAGGAGGGAGAGAACGCUGAAAGGGGGUUGGAGACUGCUGAGGGAGAUAAGCAUGAAAAACAUCUCAUGGCAAUGAAUUCAUUAUUUUUUAAAAGGCGAGUGAGUUGGGGGUAGUCAACAAGCAUUAACACGUCCAGAUAGUAUCUCUUUCUACAAGCCCUUUCUUUAGAAGUAAAAUUGUAAAAAACAAAACAAAACCACAACCCACCAAUGCUAGUAAUUCUUAAAGGUGUGAGUGUGGAUAAUAAUUAUUACAGAUUUUUAAUAAGCACUAUUCUUUUGAAUUUAUUUUGAGGGCUUGUGAAAUCAUUCUAGGGCAAUUGUUUCUAUUAAUUCAAAUUCAUUUUAAAAACUUUUAAGUCUUAUGUAUUAAUAAGAAAUGCAGUUUGCUUUGGCCUUGCCCACUUUUACACUUCAGCCCUGGUCACUUUGGCAUGCAACCCCUGGAGGGCUUGCAACAGGACAAUGUAGCCCUCAAACCCAGAACAGUCAAGUGGAUCUACAGCAUGGGUUGUGGAUCUGUGGCCUCCAAAUGUUGUUGGACUACAACUCUCAUAAUCUUUUAUCACUGGCUCUGCUGGCUGGGGCCGUUGCCCAGUCUAUCAUCAUCUGGAGAGCCACAGGUUCCCCAUACCUCACCUAUGGAAAGUAUCAGACAGCAAUGAGGCAAUUUGUUCUUGCGUUCCAAUUCCAUUAAUCUCACAAUGCUCAGUCUGCAUAUAGUUAAGUAGUGGCACAUGCUGUGAUGCCACAUUGCUACUUCCCUGCUCAAUUAUAUCUAGUGAAGUACACACACGUGAAACUAAUUUGCAACUAUCUCCCAAAUGCUUCCAUACACACACAAGUAUCUUAGAGUGGCUGUGGCAUAGAACACAGCCAAAAAGGUAGUACAGAACUGCACUAGCACUAUUUUGCUUAUUGCAGUUUGUGACUGCUGGCCAGAGAAAAUACUGUAAGAUUAUAUUUGCUGUCUAGGUUUGCCUGCCAAAUGAUAAAGCAUGUGUGACCAGCUGCUCGGCCACGGGACUUAUGGACCCCGGCAUAGUUUUAUGGUUGAGAAUCUCAAGUGAAGACUAGGCACACAGCUUCCAUGCCAUUCAGAGAAGGAUGACUUGGCAAAUUGGCAAUGUUCAAUUAAUGCAGUGUCUGUGUCUCAAUGAUGGGCAGAGUUCUACAAUGUGAUAUCUGGAUAGACUUGGGUCAUGGAAACCUGAAUUACAUUCAACUCAUAGGGAGGCCUCAGGUUUACUUACUGCACCUCACAGGGCUGCUCAAGGAUAAAACAGGAUGCUAUUUAUGCUGCCCUGAGCUCCCUUGAGGAACAGCAACAUACAAGUGUGAUAGAUAAAAUAAGUAUCACCAUUGUUUUUUGUUCAGGGUUGUUAAAACAAAAAGGGAUUGCGAAGAGCUCCAAAAAGACCUCUCCAAACUGAGUGAAUGGGCGGGAAAUGGCAAAUGCAAUUCAAUAUAAACAAGUGUAAAAUUAUGCAUAUUGGAGCAAAAAAUCUUAAUUUCACAUAUACGCUCAUGGGGUCUGAACUGGCGGUGACCGACCAGGAGAGAGACCUCGGGGUUGUAGUGGACAGCACGAUGAAAAUGUUGACCCAGUGUGCGGCAGCUGUGAAAAAGGCAAAUUCCAUGCUAGGGAUAAUUAGGAAAGGUAUUGAAAAUAAAACAGCCGACAUCAUAAUGCUGUUGUAUAACUGUAUGGUGUGGCCGCAUUUGGAAUACUGUGUACAGUUCUAGUCGCCUCAUCUCAAAAAGGAUAUUGUAGAGUUGGAAAAGGUUCAGAAGAGGGCAACCAGAAUGAUCAAGGGGAUGGAGCGACUCCCUUAUGAGGAAAGGUUGCAGCAUUUGGGGCUUUUUAGAAAAGGCGGGUCAGAGGAGACAUGAUAGAAGUGUAUAAAAUUAUGCAUGGCAUUGAGAAAGUGGAUAGAGAAAAGUUCUUCUCCCUCUCUCAUAAUACUAGAACUCGUGGACAUUCCAAAAAGCUGAAUGUUGGAAGAUUCAGGACAGACAAAAGGAAGUACUUCUUUACUCAGCGCAUAGUUAAACUAUGGAAUUUGCUCCCACAAAACGCAGUAAUGGCCACCAGCUUGGAUGGCUUUUAAAGAAGAUUAGACAAAUUCAUGGAGGAGAGGGCUAUCAAUGGCUACUAGCCAUGAUGGCUGUGCUCUGCCACCCUAGUCAGAGGCAGCAUGCUUCUGAAAACCAGUUGCCGGAAGCCUCAGGAGGGGAGAGUGUUCUUGCACUCGGGUCCUGCUUGCGGGCUUCCCCCAGGCACCUGGUUGCCCACUGUGAGAACAGGAUGCUGGACUAGAUGGGCCACUGACCUGAUCCAGCAGGCUCUUCUUAUGUUCUUAUGAGAGUCUCCCUUCUCUGUAAAAUAGUAAGAUUAUUGUGCAACACACACUUUUGGAGACCGUGCAGGCAAAAGUCAUCAAAGAACUGCAAUUGUAAUUGAAAACGGGCUUACUGGUGUAACAUCAUUUACACACAAACGUAAAGGUGACCCAUGAAAGAUACUUACAUCCCACUUUACUUUUGCUAAGACUGAGGUUAAACUAGGUAUGACUACGCAUUUUUAAAAACCCUGAGCUUGGAACUGGCAAUCUUGUUUUUAAAUCAGGGCAAACAGCGGGGGGAGAGGGGGAGAAGGAAAAAAAUGAGUAAAUGGUACAGAGGAAAAUGUACUCUUCUGGUGGGUCUGAUCUGGAUCAGGACUUUUUAACAUGUUAUCUAAAAAAAGUAAAACAUAACAAUAAACAAACUAGAUGGGAAACAAUGUUUGUAGUCACCAUACAGUGUGAAUAUAAACCACAGGGAACUGUUAUAUUGAUACUCAUCAACCCAAGAUACCCUUCCACAGUUCUUCAUGGGGAGAGGAGACAGUGGUUGCCAAAUUUUCUUUUGUGUUAACAUAUGAAAUAAAGCAACAUGUUAUAAAAGUAA